CGAAAAUGCACCGCAAGCAUAGAGUCAGUUGGGUGGCGUCCUUUCUCCUUUCUUAUUCUAUUGUUAUGAAGUCGAGCAACUUGUCAUGAGUCAAUAAUGGGUAACCUGGGUACCAGGCUCCGAGCUUCACGGCGACAUUCGCUCAAAUCGUUGUCGCCCAGGGUAAAUAAUAGGCAAAGCCUGUUUACUUUUAAUAGGGGGUACUAUAAAGCAUUCCAAUGAGUAACCAAGGCAUGAGCAUUUGUCCAUUUUGUUCUAAAAAAUCAAUCCAUUUAUUGCAAAUAAAACAGUCUACAGCCUAUCAAGCCUUUGGUUGUGGUUUUUUUCUGGAAGGUCAGACGGGAAACAAAGAGCCAAAGAAUUACAGAUUGCUGAGUAGUCACGCACGCUAGCGCGACCUCUGCGUAUCUCAAGUUACUAACAACACUCCUCGAUAGAGGCCGACCUCGGGCAAGGCGCCCCUUACCACCAUGCAGCUUUUUCUUGUGUUUUCGUUGGCUGUUCAAGCAGCGUACGGGAUUCAACCGUACGGUAGCAAGACACCCUACAAUCAUGGCAACCUCAGCGAGGUUGAAACCCCACCAGGCUGUAAACCAGUGCACAUUAAUAUGCUCGCUAGACACGGAGAAAGGUACCCAAGUAGCGAUGACUUGAAGGCUUUCGCGGCAUUUCUACAGAAACUCAAUGUAUUGCAUAACACAACUGGCCCCUACAUUUACAAGGCGCUGACCCUACCAUGGACUUUACCGGCGUCCUACAAGAGCAAGCUCUCAAGCGAGCUUUCGGUGGCCGGCGAGCGACAGCAUUAUGGAAUUGCAAGGAGAUAUCAUGCAAGAUAUCCGUCGGUGUUUAGUAAACAGUACUGGAAUGCUGAUUACGAGUUUGUAUCGACCGCGACACUACGAACCGUGCAGAGUGGGAAUUCUUUCGCUUAUGGGUUGUUCGAAGGGCGGGGGCCAGUUGGGAGGAAGGGUUUUCAACCAGUGGCUAUUCGUUUUUCGGGACCCAAAGACCAUGACAAGGUAUUGCGACCUUAUUCGAUGUGUCCUAGAUACGAUCAGGUAGUUGAUGGUCGAAACGGAAUGCUGGAACCCAGAAAGUUUGCACAAGGAUCUGAGAUGCAACGCGUUAUUUCAAAUGUCAAAUCAAGACUUGGAAUGCCAAAGAAUGCGGAGUUGAAUGUAGAAGUGGUCGAAAAGAUGUUUAUGUUGUGUGCGUUUUUAACAGUAAACGACAACGAUACCAGCUGGUGCUCUCUGUUCGAGGAAGAAGACCUUAAUGUUUUGGAGUACUAUCUGGAUAUGUGGCAGUAUUACGAACACGGCUACGGACAUGAAAUUACCUACAAGUCGAUUUGCCCACUUGUAGCUGAAAUCGCUCAGACAAUAAAGAGUUUCACAAAGAAGAAAAUUCCAAAUGGCAUAUUCCGUUUUGCGCACAGUGGAGGCAUAAUAAGCUUACAGUCGAUUCUUUCUUUGUAUCGCGACCCUAUUCCACUGACAGCUGGCAACUAUCACAAGCUUUCCAAUCGCACGUUCAGGAUUGCGCGCAAUGCACCCAUGUCUUCAAAUAUCGCGUUCGUUCUUCACGAAUGCACGGAUGGUUACAAAGUCCAAGUGUUGGUGAACGAGCGGCUUACGGUGUUGCCAUGCUGUAAGUCCGCCGUCUGCAAGCUGGACAAGUUCCUAGAAUGCUACGAAGCCAUCGGUUCCAAUUGCGAUUUGGAAAAAAUGUGUAAACUAGACCUGCCGAACCCUAAGUCGGACGCUGUGUUAUUCGCCCGCGGACAGCUAGUCAUCAUGAUUCUUUGUGUCACGCUGAGCUUUUUACGUCUCCAGUAGUAAUGGCGUGACGGAUGGGCAAUUGUUGCGUUACCCUCUCAAACCGUAAAAGUUUUAGCGAAACAUAACAUCAAACCCCAAGGACCGCACGGGGAUGGCAUUAUAUAGCCAUAUACAUGUAACCCGGGGUUAUACGCGAUUUGAUUUAACAGAUAACCCUAUGUAUGUUUAAUUGUUGUUAUUAUUUCAUUGAAGUAGUUAUUUGGUAUAUUUUGAGGAAAGCCCAAGGCCCACCUUAAAAAUACGUAUAUCAAACAUUUAGUCACAUCUGUGUAAAUCAAAACAUGAAUAUCAGUCCGAUAGUACCACGUACUGUCAUAGCGUACAGGUAUACUGAAUAAUGUCACUGCUGACAACGGGGGAAUGGUCGGGAGGGCAGGGUGUGCGCUCGCUGAGAGCAUAGGUCAACUUCUGAGAUAAGUAAACAAGUCUGUUUGUCCA